AUGCCGUCCCUUCUCCUGGUUAUGUUCGUCCUGCAGACGUUGCUGCACAUCAUCAACACCGUUGGUGCAAACACAAUCAACGAGCUGCUAUGGAUUCUCUACAACAAAUUCCCCACGCCCACGUCCUCCUCCGCGCAGCGAGCCGAGCAUCUGAAGCGUGAAAUUGUUCGUCUAAAGCGCGAAUUAGCUACUACGUCGCCGCAAGACAACUUCUCGACAUGGGCGAAGCUAGACAGACAGCACAACAAAGCUACGGCUGAGUAUCAGAAGCUCGACGCAUCCCUCCGCACCCACCAAUCCACCUUCACCUCCACCAUUUCAACCCUCCGCUGGCUCGGUACUCAGGGCGCGCGCUUCCUCCUGCAAAUGUACUUCGCCAAGUCCCCCAUGUUCUGGAUUCCAGCGGGCUGGGUCCCAUACUAUGUCGAGUGGAUACUAUCGUUCCCCCGCGCGCCGCUGGGCAGCGUGAGCAUAAACGUGUGGGGAAUUGCGUGCGCGAGUACGUUGGUACUGGCGUCGGAGGCGGUUGCAGCAACCUACGUACUGAUCACGAAGAAGCCUGUGCCAGUUCCUACGAAGGAAGAACCCAUGGUUUUUGAGGCGAACCCUAGUGCACGAGAGGGCACGGCGAAGAACUCGAUGAGAGAGAAGGAGCUAUAG